AUGCCUGGAUCUAUCUACAACAACUUAUACACGAACUUUAUCCGUUCUGGGUUCACCAAAUCCUUCACCCACGGCUACGCACAGUCUGUCGUAGCUGCCACCCAUCCCCAUGUUCUAAACUCUCAGAACCGGCCGUCCUUUGCGGCCCGGAAACGACAGACCACAAACCGCCUCAGUCGCCUCCAGCAGCUUCAGAGCGCCUUCCACACCAGCGCCCACCAGUCCUCCAGCCUCCCAACCGAGCAUCGGCACGAGAAGCUCGCCAAUAACCAUGGAGGGCUAGACGCCUACUUUGAGCACCUGCAGAAGAAGGAGGGUAUCGAAGACUCGGAGGAGAAUGAGUGGGUCCAGUUCCGUUUCCAGGACAAGAUCGAGUGGAAGCCCACGCCGGCUUCUAUUCUUCUCGGCUCUGAGGCACCAGCACUCGAGACCAAGGAGGCUGAUGAGGAUGGGUUCAGCGAGUCUGCUUUCUCGGAAGAGGAGCAGGCCGCCCUGGCCCAUAUCGAUGCCGCCCUUGCCAAGGAGAUUGAGACCCGCCAGCAUGUAGCUAGUGAGGAUGUCUCGGCGUUGAGGGCAUCAACACCUGCCCCAGGAAAGGUCGCCGAGCCCAUCUCGCCUUCGCGAGCCCGAUCACCGGCAAGCGUCGCCCGUUCCGUUACACCACCGGUCGACUCUCAGUCUCAGAGCUAUGCGGACCAUCUCACUAAGCUCUCCGAGUCUGGACGUUAUGCCGAGAUCCCAGCUGUCUUCGAGGCCAUGUUGGUGGCCAGUAUCCAGCCCUUGGCUACGUCUUACAAUGCUCUUCUCAUGGCCGCCAUUCAUCUUCCGGCCGAGAAGAUCGAGAUUGUGUCCAAGGCCCUGGAUGUCUACACCGACAUGAUGCGCCGAAAGGUCGCCCCAGACAGCGAUACGUACAACAUCCUCGUCGGUCUGUUGGCCGCCCGAUCACUCGAGGUCUCGUCUCUCAAGAAGAGACUCGAGGACAAGCGCGCCCGGUACGGUGGUAUGGAUGAGCCCGGCAAGUUCAUGUUGGCAUCUUCCGAGCUUGAGCACGCGAUACUCUCCGAGGACGACCGCCUCGACCUGGCCAUCAAGCUUUUCAAAACCUCUGUUGCGUGCCAGCGUGAUGUGUUCUCGCCCGAGACUUAUCACCAGCUCAUCUCGGCAUGCGCUCAAUCUGGUCGCGUCUCGGACAUGCUCCACCUCUACGAGCACAUGGAGACCAACAAGGCUACACCUUUCGCUGCGACAUUCCCAGCUAUGAUCACUGCUUUUGCCAACUGCGGAGACCUGGUCAGCGCUGUGGAGUGCUAUACCGAAUAUCGAACUCUUGCCAUCGCCAACGACAAUGGUGAGGUUACCUUGAAUGACCGUCUCGACGCUCAGGUCUACGCAUCUGUCAUCAACGCUUACGUUGUCUCGGACAAGCUCGACGGUGCCAUGAAGUUCUACAAGAAAAUUGUGCAAGAGUAUGGUGUGCGCGCCGCCAGCAUCAAAGAUGCCAUCAUCAGCCUAGGUUUUGUGAAGGGCUUAGUCCAUCGAGGCAUCUACCAUGAAGCUCUCCGAUGGGCUCAAGCUAUUGAGGACGACUCACGGGCUCAGUCCAUGGCCGACCUCACAGUGUCUGCGGCAGAUAACGGUGACAAGCACACAGCCAUUGCCGCGUUCGCGAACCUUCCCGUCACCUUCAACAACAUUGCCGCUCCUGCGAUGGCUCUUUUGGCACUAAGCAUUCGUGGUGGUGAGGUGAUGGAAGCAUGGCGUUAUUGGCAGAUCCUCAGCAGUCCCGAGAGUGCCGUCAGUCCUUCUUUCAUUGAGCCCACAGCCAUGUUUGCUGUCGCAUUGAUUGGUUCUGGGCAAGUUGUUGAGGGUCUGAAUGAGGCUGAGGCAAUGUUCCACCGGAUACGCUCAUCUAACGCGGACGAUGCACACCUGGCAGCUGAGGUAGAGGAGGGCAUGGACUUUGUCUCACGCUACAUGACGUCUCGAGGUAUUACUGAUCCUCGAGAGCUGGCUUCCCAGACUGGUACUGCCUCACCAUACCAAUCCGCCCCCUCAGUUUCAAGUUACGAAGACACGUUCGAUCCAUACGCGCACAAUACCGAUUUCAAAGGCUCGUCGCUUAUAUCCGACGAGCUUGAAGGUGCUCAUGGCCGCAAGGGUCCCAAGCUGAACGACGCCCUUGCUCGGUUCCGCAACAUGCGCCGUGCUGGCCGCCACCCGCGAUACAUCACUUAUGCCAAGCUCAUCUCGGCUGCGGCGCGCGAGGGUAAGAUGGAGACGUGCAACGACAUCCUGAACAUGGCUCGCACUGAUGUUCCAUUGUUGCCUCAAUACGCCGUUGUUCGUUACGGAUGGUCAUCAAUCUUGGACUCAAUGGUUGGUGCUUGCCUAAGCCUGGGCUACCGAGCACAGGCUGAGCAAUACCAUCAGGAACUGUUGGACAUGGGUGCGACUCCUUCGGCCAACACCUACGGUCUGUACAUCACCACGCUCAAGGAGUCCACCAAGACUUUCGACGAGGCUUCCGAGGCGGUAAAGAUCUUCCACCGCGCCAAGGCUGAGGGCGUCGAACCAAGCUCUUUCCUCUACAACGCCCUAAUUGGCAAACUGGGAAAGGCUCGCCGUAUCGAUGACUGUCUUUUCUUCUUUGCUGAGAUGCGCGCCCUUGGUAUCAAGCCGACCUCUGUGACAUACGGCACCAUUGUUAACGCUCUUUGCCGUGUGUCUGAUGUCAAGUUUGCUGAGGAGCUCUUCGAUGAGAUGGAGGCCAUGCCCAACUACAAGGCUCGGCCUGCACCUUACAAUAGCAUGAUGCAGUUCUUCUUGACCACCAAGCGCGACAAGUCAAAGGUCCUGGCGUACUAUGCACGUAUGCAGGCUAAGGGUAUCUCGCCCACCGCGCACACCUACAAGCUAUUGGUUGAUACCCACGCGACUCUCGAGCCUGUGGACAUGCAGGCUGCAGAGUCCGUUCUGGACAGCAUUCGUGCUAGUGGUGGCAAGCCCGAGCCCGUGCAUUACGCUUCCUUGAUCCACGCGCGUGGUUGUGUCUUGCACGACAUGGCUGGAGCCCGGAAGAUCUUCAAUAAUGUCAUCGGUGAUCGCAACGUUACUGUGACGGCUUCCCUCUUCCAGGCGUUGUUCGAGAGCAUGGUGGCCAACCACUGUGUCUCGGACACUGAGCCACUCCUUAUGGAGAUGCGCCGACGGAAAGUCGAACUUACUCCUUACAUCGCUAAUACCCUAAUCCACGGAUGGGCUUCUGAGGGCAACAUCGCCCGCGCUGAGGACAUCUAUGGUGCUGUGGGACGUGAGCGUCGCGAGCCGAGCACGUACGAGGCAAUGACCCGCGCAUAUCUCGCUGUUGAGGACAGGGAGAAGGCGAGGUACAUCGUCUCGGAGAUGAUGGGACGGGGUUAUCCCAGUGCUGUCGUCGGCAAGGUGGUGGAGCUUGUUGGUGGUGGUGAGCAAGAGGCUGUAGCUGUCUAA